UCUUGGCUUGACUUUUUAUUGUCGCUUAGAAAAUUCACACGCUUCUUGGAUGGAAUAACCCAGCUUGACAUAUUAUUUAUUCUAACUUAUUCGACGGGAGAAUUUCUAGGACGUGAGAAUCUCGAGGAAUAUUUAUUCAAACAGAGUUUGGUAAACAACGAGGCUUAUAAGGAACGGAGAAUAUUCAACACGUUAUUAUGGGAAACAUGAGCAAUGAUGAAGAAAUGACUGAUGAGAACAGAAAUGGGCCGAACGAAGAUGGUGCCGUAAUAGACGUAACAGGAGAACUUAGCAAGUCUAAUGCCUUCAAAAAAGCCGACCCAUCGCAAUUUGAAUUGCUUAAAGUCCUGGGCCAGGGCUCAUUUGGAAAGGUUUUUCUCGUACGGAAGGUUAUUGGUGCGGACGCCGGAACGCUAUACGCUAUGAAAGUGCUGAAGAAGGCUACCCUAAAAGUUCGAGACAGAAUGCGGACUAUGAAGGAAAGGGAUAUUUUAGUCGAUGUCCAACACCCGUUUAUAGUUCGCCUAAACUACGCAUUUCAGACAGAGGGCAAGGUGUAUCUUAUUCUUGACUUCUUGCGUGGUGGUGAUCUGUUCACAAGGCUUUCAAAAGAGAUAAUGUUCACAGAAGAAGAUGUCAAAUUCUAUCUAGCAGAGUUGGCAUUAGCACUAGAUCAUCUUCAUGGCCUUGGAAUUAUCUAUCGGGACCUUAAACCAGAAAAUAUUCUGCUUGAUGCAAGUGGACAUGUCGCGCUCACAGACUUUGGACUGUCAAAAGAAUCUGAACAUGACCAGAAGACUUAUUCAUUUUGUGGAACUGUUGAAUAUAUGGCUCCUGAGGUAGUCAAUCGUAGAGGUCAUAGCCAGGCAGCUGACUGGUGGUCUUAUGGCGUCCUCAUGUUUGAAAUGUUGACUGGAAGCUUGCCAUUUCAAGGGAAAGACAGGAAGGACACUAUGAAUAUGAUCCUCAAAGCAAAACUGGGCAUGCCCCAGUUCCUGACUCCUGAGGCACAGAGUCUUCUUCGACAACUUUUUAAAAGAAACCCACUGAACAGACUUGGUGCGGGGGAUCUUGGGAUUGAGGACAUCAAGAAGCAUCCAUUUUUCAGCACAAUCAACUGGGAGCUGUUGUACAAACGAGAAAUUAAACCGCCUUUUAAGCCUGCUGCGGGUCGAGCGGAUGAUGCCUUUUACUUUGAUCCGGAGUUCACGUCCAAGACCCCACAAGACUCACCCGCUGUUCCACCGAGCGCGACAUGUCAUCAGCUUUUUCGUGGGUUCAGUUACGUCGCCCCAGAUAUAGUUGAGGAUAACGGACCAAGUAACAAAGCUGAACACAUGGAGGUGGAGACAAGGGGUCCUGCUGCCCGUGCUUUUCCAAUCCGAACAACAUGCAUUCUGGACGAGUACGAAAUCAAAGAGGAAAUAGGCAAAGGGGCGUACUCAUCGUGCCGGAGAUGUGUGAACAAGGCUGAUGGAAAAGAGUAUGCUGUCAAGAUCUUUGAGAAACCGAAAAAGGAUCCAAGCGAGGAAAUGGAGAUCCUCUUACGCUUUGGGCACCACCCUAAUAUUGUCCAUCUAAGAGACGCAUAUGAAGCGGGUAAACAAGUGUAUAUUGUGAUGGAGUUGAUGAGAGGUGGAGAAUUACUUGACAGAAUACUCAAGCACAAAUGUCUCUCUGAGCGAGAAGCCGGCAACAUCAUGUACACACUUACGUCAACUAUCGCUUUCUUGCACGAGGAAGGGGUUGUACACCGGGAUUUAAAGCCCAGUAACAUCAUGUAUGCUGAUGACAGUGGAACACCCGAGUCCUUGCGAAUUGUUGACUUUGGCUUUGCCAAACAAAUGCGUGCAACAAACGGACUGCUCAUGACCCCAUGUUACACUGCGAACUUUGUGGCCCCUGAGGUACUAAAGAAGCAGGGGUACGAUGCAGCAUGCGAUAUAUGGAGCCUUGGGGUACUCCUGUAUACUAUGCUCUCGGGUCUAACACCUUUUGCUGUUGGACCCGAAGACACACCCUCUGUCAUUCUCAAGCGGAUUGGCGAGGGAAAGUACUCCCUAGUAGGCGGCCCCUGGGAUGCAGCCUCAGACCUAGCCAAGGACCUCGUUCGCCAAAUGUUACACGUUAAUCCACGCCUCCGACUCACAGCAAAACAGGUUCUACAGCAUCCUUGGGUGGUCAGCAGACAUCACCUAUCGACGCACAAACUUCAGCACGUCAGCAGCGUCUCGAGAAUCAAGGAAGCUGUCAAAGCCACUUUCUCUGCACUGCACUCCUCACCAGAUCCCCGACGGCUGAAGCCCGUUCAGGCAUCCCUAUUAGCGCAGCGACGUGGAGCAAAGAAGCCCAACAAGUAGUUAGACCUUCUGUCCGGAAUAUUGGAUCACAGACCUGUUCGUAUGCCAGACAUUUUGGAAGGAAUUCUUACAUGAGUUACAAUCCUUACUAAUUCAAAUCGUGUUAUGAUGUAAAAACUCGAUCAGACAGAUCUUCAAUCAUCCAAACACGGAAACAUUUUUUUGGUGUGAAAUUCGAUGAAGGAAAGCGAUGAUAUGCCAUGUGAUGGUCAUUUUGUGCGGGUCCUUAAAUGGUUUGAAUGUCACUUGAAAUUAGUUUGACUACUCAAUUGGCAAUAAAAGCCAUUGCUUCAGGAUUUCCUAAUGUCUUCCUGCUGACAUCGAGUGGAAAGGCCAUUUUCCAAUCAUUUCGUUUUUCACAAACAUAUUUUGGUAAAAAUAUAUGAAUUUGCUUAUAGUCACUGAAUGUUAAUUCCAACGUUUCGGCAUUGGUUAAUUAUUAACAAACAUCACAGCGAUCAGUGCGUAGGACCAUAAGCCUCUACCAUUCACUCUACUGAGAAUUGUCGAUACUUGGAUGGUAGCUAUUCGAAGUUCUGCAUUAUCUUGAAUUUGCUCAGUAGGGGAAAGGUCCAAACUUAUUACAGUAUUUAAGCACCAGUAUACUUCCGGAAGCCGUCGAAAACCUAAACCUACAAGAGACAAAAGAAUCUAUAAGAGACCGCGCCAUCAGCUCUAAAUUUUCAGUCGCGUCCUCGAAGAAACUUCCAAUAGACACACAGCCUUAACAAUUUUGAUUUUUGUUUUUGCGAUUUCCGUUGAAAAUCGUCGGAGAUCGAUACGUGAUCGACCAGAAGUAAACUGGUGACAUUGCCGCUUGAAUCCGAAUACGUUUAUUGGUCUUGGAGGCCUCUCCCGGUUAUUUUGGUAUAAAACACGAGUGACUUUCAACAUUGGUAGUAGCGCGAGAGUAGAUUCUUUUUUACCUUAUCAAUAUAAACCUAUUUUUGUACAAAUAAAAUGAAGCAAUCUUUUGAUAAUCGGAUGACUUAACUCUCUAUAUAUAGUUUUCAUAGCGUUGUACUUUAUAGAAAUGACGAACACGUGUCUUUUUCCAUGUUGUCAUGGGAACGGUAGAGCGAGGUACCUUGUGAGAUUCUUUACAUAAUCCUCCACGGGCCAAAUAUUUUCUGAUUUUCUGGGUAUCAAGAUGGUGCCCCUACACUGAGUUACUCAAAAGACCGUGCAAGAUGUGCUGAGUAGUGCGCAUACGGUGGAUGUGUUCCCCUCGCUUGUUCCAAGCUAUUUCGCUAAAUGCAGCCCUUAUCAUCCAAAUGUACAUACGGGUUCUAUAAAAGGUUUAUGGAGUA